AUGGUGAUUGACAUGGAAGAAGAUAGGGAGUCACCUAUCAUCCUUGGAAGACCAUUCAUGAAAACAGCCCGGAUGAUGAUCGAUAUUGAUGAUGGUAUAAUGAAGUUAAGGGUUCAAGAUGAAGAGGUAUGUUUUAAUCUCUUCGAUGCCAUGAAGCAACCAAAAGACAAGAAUGACUGUUUUCGCAUGGAUGUUACUGAAGAGAGUGUAGUGGAAGUGACAAACCAAAUUCAUCUAUUUAGCCCUUUAGAGAGAUCUCUUGUUGAAUCUUUCAAUAUUGUGGUGAACCCAGAAGAUCAUGAGAAGACAGCUUUUACAUGUCCAUUUGGAAUUUUCGCGUAUAGACGUAUGCCAUUUGGAUUAUGUAAUGCUCCAGCUACUUUCCAACGGUGCAUGCAAGCCAUAUUCUCAGACCUCAUUGAAAAAAGUAUUGAAGUAUUCAUGGAUGACUUCUCCGUAUUUGGAAAAACUUUUGAUAUGUUCUUGAAUAAUUUGGAUGUGGCACUUGGAAGAUGUAUUGAAACCAAUUUGAUAUUAAAUUGGGAGAAAUGCCAUUUCAUGGUGACUGAAGGAAUUGUACUCGGACACAAAGAAUCUUCCAGAGGACUUGAAGUGGACCCGGCCAAGGUGGAGGUAAUCUCAAAACUCCCACCUCCAAUAAAUGUAAAAGGAGUAAGAAGUUUUUUAGGUCACGCUGGAUUCUAUAGAAGAUUUGUGAAAGAUUUUUCAAAGAUUGCCAAGCCGUUGAGUAAUUUACUCAACCAAGGUACCUGUUUUAAUUUUGAUGAAUCUUGUGUUCAAGCUUUCAAUGACCUAAAAGACCGGCUGGCCACGACACCUGUGAUCGUAGCGCCCGAUUGGACAAACCCCUUUGAACUAAUGUGUGAUGCUAGCGAUUAUGCCAUCGGUGCAGUAUUAGGCCAACGAAAAGGAAAGAUAUUUCAUGUUAUACACUAUGCAAGUAAGGUGCUAAAUGAUGCUCAAGUCAACUAUGCCACCACAGAAAAAGAAUUGUUAGCCAUAGUGUAUGCCCUUGAAAAGUUUAGAUCCUAUCUCAUUGGGUCAAAAGUGAUAGGUAAGGAUGGCAUUUUAAGAAGAUGUGUUACUGAAGAAGAAGCACAACAAAUUUUGUGGCACUGUCAUAAUGCACCUAGUGGUGGGAAUUUCAACGGAUGGAGGACGUCAACAAAAGUUCUCCAAGCCGGAUUUUUCUGGCCUACUAUUUUCAAAGACGCCCACCAUCAUGCAAAGAAUUGUGACAAAUGUCAAAGAGUUGGAGGGAUAAGUAAACGUGAUGAGAUGCCGCUUCAAACCAUUAUUGAAGUAGAAGUUUUUGAUUGUUGGGGCAUAGAUUUCAUGGGGCCUUUUCUUCCAUCUUUUGCUAAUGAAUAUAUUCUAGUUGCAUUGGAUUAUGUUUCCAAAGUGAUUAUAAGCGAUGGUGGAUCUCACUUUGUUAAUGACCAGGUAGCUAAAGUGCUGGACAAGUAUCAUAUCAACCAUAAGAUAGCAUCACCAAAUCACCCCCAAACCAACGGGCAAGCAGAGAUCUCAAACAGAGCAAUCAAGAAUAUUUUAGAGAAGACUGUAUCAGAAUCCCGAAAAGACUGGUCGGUAAGAAUUGAUGAUGCCUUGUGGGCCUAUAGGACAACAUACAAAGCACCGACUGGUGCAUCUCCAUUUCAAAUGGUUUAUGGUAAAGCAUGCCACCUCCCUGUUGAGGUGGAACACAAAGCAUUAUGGGCCUUACGAUUCUUCAAUAGAGAUGAUAGCUUGGCUUAUAAGAAAAGGAAGAAUCAAAUCCAUGAGCUUGAGGAAUUCAGGUACCUAGCAUAUGAAUCUAAUAAGAUGUACAAAGAAAAUAUGAAAAGGUAUCACGACAAGAGAAUCAAGAAGAAAGAGUUUAAAGUGGGAGACCUUGUUCUACUAUUCAACUCUAGACUCAAGCUUUUCCCAGGGAAACUAAAGUCUAAAUGGUCAGGACCGUUCUUAAUCAAGGAAGUCAAAUCAUAUAAUGCUAUUACUAUUGAGGAUAGUAAGACUAAAGAAAGCUGGACCGUUAAUGGAGAACGGUUAAAGAACUACCUUGGGGGAGAAUUUGAUAGAGAAGUGUGCACAAUCUCACUUUUGAGCACAUAA